CAUGACAGGUGUGCUUGCAUGUUUCUAUGAUUUCCACAUGGCACAUUUUAAUCCAAAUUGUAAUGAUAGUGUCUUUUUGGACUGCAACAUACUCGUAUUCGCCAUAUUUUACAGACUGGAAUGAAGUAGAAAAAUUGGCAGAAAUCCAUCCGUAUGUAGUGGCAGUAUUAGAUGCCAAACAUGAAUACAUCUGUUCGGGAUUUUCUAUAACAGAUCUAACAGUGGUUACUGCCGGUAGUUGUCUGACUGUACCGCCUGCCGCCGUCGCGAUAUCCGCAGUGUUGGGCGAUGACGCCAUCGGUAAAAACAUAUUACGAGUUUCACACACAAGGGUGCACAAGGCUUUCACCUGCUACGUAAGUCAAACACAACCAAGCGAGACCAUAAUGAAUAGUAACGUUGCCCUCAUUUACGUCGUUAACCAUAAAUUGGACUAUUUCACCAGUGCAGCCGCAAUCGGAGAUUUUAGUCCAUUUCAAUUACGAAAGCAGACGUUGACUGUCAUUGGCUUCGGUGAGACCGAUGCUGGCACAGUAGUGCUGCAGCGACAAGUCUAUAUACAAAAGACGUGCGUGAAUCCUCAGUGGUUUUACUGUGUAUGCGGAGUAGAAUCAAAAGAAACGACAUACGAAAAUCAAUUUGGAGAAGGCGGUCCUGUUUUACUGAGUGGCAAAGUAGUAGCUAUAGCGGGAGCACCAUGCGGCGCACUGUUUAUCCCACACACGAGCGUAAAAUACAACAUUUUCACCGUCGCAAUGGAAUAUAACUCUUGGAUAAGGAAUAACCUGGACAACACCACUAUUGAACCUAAAAUACUCGAUCUGAAAUCUUUUGAAUAUACAUUUAAUAAUUGUAGUAGUACUGCCGCCGUUGUCAUAUACAUUAUUACACUGUUAUUUGCUGCUAAUUUAAUAAAAUAA